AUGCUUUAAUAUUUACAAUUUUAGUGCUUUACCAGGAUUGUAAUGUUGAAUAUAUUUUCAAAUGUGGUUUACUUUAAUGUAAUUUAAUAUUACGUAAAUAUCGAAAUGUGUAGUAAAGUACAUAGAGUUUGUUUUUAUAACCCAAAGCCACAAUUAAUUAAUUGUGUGUCUUUAAACAAAAAUGACAAACGUCUCGCUGUUGCAAGAGCAAAUGCUUCAAUUGAGAUAUGGGACUUAAGUUUUGCUCCUUAUUUAAUAAACUUUAUUCCUGGAGUGGAAAAUGGAUCUGUCGAGGCUUUGUGUUGGGUAAAAGAUAGACUGCUUUCGACCGGUCUUGGUGGUGCGUUAGUUGAGUGGGAUCUCAAUAAACUAUGUGUCAAGAGCACAACGCUUCUAACUGGAUAUGCAGCAUGGUGCCUGGAUGUGAACUCUGCAAACACUGUUGUAGCAGUUGGCACAGAACAAGGUUAUGUUAAUUUAUACAGUGUGGAGAAUAAUGAAAUCAAUUACUUAAAAUUGUUUGAUAAACAGGAAGGGAGAAUUAUGUGUUGUAAAUUUAAUAAAGGAGGAGAUAUUUUAGUCACAGGUUCAAUAGAUACUAUAAGAGUGUGGAAUGUCCAGACUGGGCAUGCUAAGAGCCGUAUGUCUGUCAGUAGACGUGGUAAGAAGACCAUUGUCUGGUGCUUGGCUGUGCUCUCCGACAAUGUUGUUGUUUCUGGUGACAGUGGAGGCAGGCUUACAUUUUGGGAUGGAGAUAUGGGAGACCAGAUUGAAUCAUAUGUAACUCACAAGGCAGACAUUUUGUCUAUUGCUGUAUCGGAUGAUGAAACAAAUAUGUACUUCAGUGGUGUGGAUCCUGUGAUUAUGCAGUUCAUCAAAGUUAAAAAUAACAAACAGACUGGGGGACAGUGGGUGAAACAUGUACAACGAGAUGUCCACGAGCAUGAUGUCAGAUCUUUAGUGGUAGAUUGUGACAGAUUGGUGUCGGUGGGAGCUGAUGGUUACUUGACAUUAACUAAAUAUCCUCCCAAGUGGGUGAUGAGAAUACCACCAAUGAUUCCAGCACCAAGAUCAUCAGUGUCACCUGCGAAGAAACUUCUACUUUUGAGGUAUAGCACUUACUUAGAAGUCUGGAAAUUAGGGUCUUAUGGCACAAACCAAAACGGAAGUAUUGUUUAUGAUACUGUUAAUAUAGACACGAAUAAAAAUAAGAAAGGCAAAAACAAGGGUUUGGAAGAGGACUCAACAAUGGAUAUUAUCGACAAAGCGAAGGCUGCUAGAACCCAAAUUAAAACUUUAAAAUUAACUGAGAAACCAUUAAAAUUAGUGUCAGUACAGGCCAAGGGACAUAAGCAAAUACGCUGUUGCCAGCUAUCGCCGUCCGGAGAAUUCAUUAUUUACUCAACAGACAGUCACAUACGAAUAUUAAAAUUAGAAACGGACGAAGAAGAUCAAGGGAAUUUGUCUUUGUCUAAAAUGACAGUCAGUGGUUUACCGUCGAGUUGUGAUCGAAUUGUGUUCACACAAGAUUCCCGCACAAUGAUGGUUCAUAGCACUGGCGUGGUCUAUGUGCUACAGGUGGACCCUUUAGCAGGCGCGACUGUUGUGCAAAGUAUCACAGUCGAUAAACAUUUAAAAACUUCAUCAAUCCUGCACCUUUAUGUAUCCAAGGAAACCGCCUCCGGCGCAACAUAUUUAGUAGUGGCUGAUACGCAAGGUUCCAUAGCUGUGUGGACUAAGGGCGAGAAGAAAUACGUACACUACGUAACACUGCCGAGAUACAAAUGUAUUCCUUCCGCUUUAACUGUCGACUGCAAACGGGACAACCUUAUAAUUACUUACGUAGACCAACAGAUGGUUGAGUACGAGCUCGAGGAGCGUCGGUUCGCGGCAGAGUGGGUGGGGUGGAGGGCCACGGCGGCGGGGAGCCGGGUCGCAUCCGCACUCGAGCUGCACCCGCGCCGGGACGCGCUGCUACUGCACGACGACACCGCGCUUUGGGUGGCAGACAGGGAACCGGAUGAAGAUACGGAACCUGCUGCAAAAAGAUCAGGAAAUGGAUCAAAACCAUCAAAUACUAAAGUUAUUCCCUUUAAGUAUUUGGCUGACUUCCAUUGGCUCGGCGACGACGAAGCGGUAACGUUGGAAAUUUUACCUGAAAACAUUGUGUUACAGUUGCCGCCGGUUAUGAUUAGUAAGUAAUGUACAGUUGUUUAGUUAUAAUAAAAUAAUGUAAAAAUAAUGUGUAUUUAUUUUUGAAGUGUAACAUAAUUCCUCUCGCUGUCCUGAAAUCAUAGGAAUUCCAAUGAUUUA